CUGCAUAGUACAGCUUACCGUUACUGGUUGACAGACAAAGUAGUUACCAAAACAACUUAUUCUACUCCGGCUCUUCUACCCUACAUCGACGUGGACAUCGCAGUCCCGACUAUUGACAGUGAAGAUCUCACCGAGAAAAACGACCUGUUACCCCAACCAGCUCUUGGUAUUUGAUAUCAUAUUGAUCUCAUCCCAACGAGGCCAUAGUUAAACAAUCCUGUCUCUUAUCUUCUCGGCUUUCUCUCCCUAUUUAGGUUUCUCAAUGUCAACAAAGACAGACAAGUUCGCCUAGUCAAGCUUCCAAGUGGAAAAUGUCUCCUCGAAAUUGUCACAACUUGAGUCUCUGCUUAAAGAGCUUCGAACCCCAUCUGAUCACGACUCCGGCCUACUGUUUACAUCUCGACUUUACACUUUAAAGUCUUGUCCAGAAAGUAACCCCUAAUUCCAUUGACCUACAACAACAGACACCUACCGCAACAUGUGCUCCAACAACAACAACAACAACCCCAACCACAAGAACAUCUGGGGCUACACCUUCGACUGGACCCCUUCCCACCUCACAUCCACCGACCUCCACCCUCUCACCCUCUCCUACGACAAACUGACCAACGACUGUCUCGACGAAUUCGACGCCCUUGGACUUACCUCCUCCUCUGACCCUUCCCCUUCCCCUUCCCAAAAUAGCCAUCAAUGCCCCCUCCACCACCACCACCACCACCACCAACCCAUCGACUUCCUCCACCUCCUCCAAACUUACCACCACUCCUCUCCCUCCCUCUCCACCCUCUGGACACACCUAACCACCAUCCCCGCCUGGGUCUCCUACCCGUCCAUCGCGCGCGGCCAAGCGGUCUUCUACCGGUACACACUAGCAAGAACAGGGGGAUUCGGGACGCGAGUGGCUAGACGGAGAUUGCUGGAGACGUUUCAGCAUAUUUUGGAUGUUACUGAGGGGGUGGGGUCGAUGAGGCCUGGUGGUGGUGGUGGUGAUGGUGAUGAGAGUGGUAGUGAUGGGGGAAUGGGAUGGAAAAGUACGGUGAGGAGGAUCAUGACUUUGGCUGUUCAGGAUGAUAGGGAUGGGAAUGGAGGAAAAGGAGGAAAAGGAGGAGGGAAAAGAGGGUACUGGGACACGCAAAAAUGGGGAGUUCCAAUUAACGACCUCGACAGCAUCGCCACCAUUGCCUCCUUCUCCUCGGCCCUCAUCUGGAUGGGCCUACCCCGUCAAGGCAUCUUUUUGACCUCACAAGAGAUCAACGACUACUUGGCCUUGUGGCGAUACGUCGCUUAUCUUAUUGGCGUGCCCGACACCAUCACUUUACCCUCUUCUUCCGGUGGGCAACAGAAAAUCACGCCCUUUGGAAGCGCCCAGGAAGCCAAGGUGGUGAUGGAGUCAAUCGUGCUUUCGGAACUCAGCCACCCCAGCGAGACGUCCGCCGUGCUGGCCAACAACAUCAUCGCCUCCCUAGCGAACCAGCCACCCUUGCGCAGCUCCGAGUCGUUCUUGCGGGCGCAGGCGUACUGGUUGAAUGGUUCCAGUCUGUGCAAAACCUUACGUAUCCCAAAGCCGGGAGUGUGGUAUACCAUGUUGGUUAUCAGUCAGUGUUUGUUUUUUAUGGUGUUUUGCUAUUCAAGGCAGGCGCAUUAUCUUUUGUUGAAAUGGGUCCCAUCAUGGGGUGGUGGACCCCAAAAUGAUGGGACUGAAGUUGUUACUGGGGAGGAAAGGUAUAAGAGGGUGAGAAGGUGGAUGAGGAACGUGGUUGUUGAGAUGGCAGGUGGGAAGGAGGCGGACUUUAGGUUUGAGUGGGUGCCGGAAUGGGGAAAGUAUACGGGUGCUGAGAGGGGCGAGGAGGAGGGAAGAGGUGGGAAGGGUAAGGGGAAGGGAAGGGGGAAAAAAGGUUGGAGGGACUGGAUUACUAGCAGGAAUGGUGGCUCGGAGUUCAGGAGUUUGAAGGCGUUAUUGGUUGCGAGUACAGUCCUGGGGUGCCUUGUGUGUAUUGGAGUUAAAGGGUUGUUGUUUGGAACGGCGCCGUUGUUUCGUCGAUGAUGGUUUAGGGGUAGGAUGGGGCCCUAUCAUGAUAUCGGGGGAAUAAUGGUGAUGAACUUGCGGAAUAUAGACCAACGAAAGGUGGAAGAGAUAGCUAAAGCCAUAGUCGGUUGUCCGCCAUCACACCGUCAUAUCACUAUAGAACAGCAUAGAUGUUUACAUGCUAG